CGACCCGAUCCGGGAAGAACGGCGAACCUCACACCCUCCCAUUCCACGAUGAGCAGCAGCACGAACGGCCUCUCCGGCACGGCACGAAGAAACGACUCGCCCCCGCUAACGGAGCUCGAAACAGCCGAGAUCCUGCAGAGCAUCCGGAACUCGACAACCGUACCCGCGACCACAUUACCCGCCGACCUCGCCCUCUCGCUCGACAUACAGCAGCAGCACCCGGGUGACGAGCCCCGCGAUCGAGCUUCGUAUUAUUGGGAUGCGUCGACGAUGGCCCCGCUCAACGCAGUCUCGGCGGCCGCCCUUGCGCGACUGCGCGCCUACAAGCCCCCGCCGUUCCCUGUCUGGGACCGUUUACCGGUGAGCCGGCGUGCUGCCGUGUUGAUUCUGCUGUUUGCGGAUCGGAGAGGGGAUUUGAGAGUCGUCAUUACGAUGCGGGCUGCGAGUUUGCGAAACUUCUCUGGUCACGCAGCUUUUCCUGGCGGAAAGGCUGAUUCGGUAGAAGAAUCCCCGUACCAAAUAGCCCGCCGCGAAGCAUGGGAGGAAAUCGGUCUUCCCAUGGACGAUUCCAAGAUCCCGAAACCGUUCCGAAUAGAGCCGCUUUGCUGCUUACCGUGUAGCCUUGCGAAGACGGAAAUGGCUGUGCGACCUUGCGUGGCAUUCUUGCACGCCGACGACGUACCGGGGAAACCGAAGGCGAUGGUAGACGAGGGCAUGAUACCGCGACUAGAUGCGAAGGAAGUAGCGGCGGUCUUCAGUGGCCCAUUCCAUAACUUUUUGAAAGCAAAAGAUGAGUCGCAAGAGGGAGAAACGAUACCUCCCGGAGAUUGGUAUGAUGGAUACUGGCAUUCUUGGCAGAACGAACCCUGGCGGGUACAUAACUUCCACGUGCCGGUAAACAACCAAAAAGUGACUAAACCCAAGGUUCGAGAGGGUGGACAGGGCGCCUUAGCCGAUGAACUUGAAGAUGAAGAAGACGAGGUCCAACGUUUCCUUGUCUGGGGUAUGACGGGACGUAUGCUAGUUGAUGCUGCGAGAAUUGCUUAUGCCGAAGAGCCCGAGUUCGAACAUAAUGCUCAUUAUGGUGACGAACACCUUUUAGAGAGGUUAGAAAAUACAGGCCGACUUCCGGAGAAGAAAAGGAAGGAAGUAGGACAAGAGGCCAUUAAAGAAGAGGUCAAAGACGCCAAGAUUUAGAUGGAUCAAUCCAACA